GUAGUGUGCGAAUCAUCUCUCUUUCUCUCUUUCUCUCUCCUCGAUUGCAAGAUUGUAAACAAUUCAAACGGAGGCAGGAUUGAGAAGAAUGCGACUGACAUGGGCCGACGGAAGGUACGCACUUUGCUUGCUGAUUCUGCAAGUGAAAUUAACGAAUUCGCGGACGUCUUGGCGAUUGAACGCCGCUGACAAAGUCGUGAAGACAACUGACUUCGUGAGCGCGGUCGAGGACGAUCCGAUCUUCGAUAUCCUGACUAACAGUGUGGUUACCGGCAAUGGCCAAGGCUGGAGCAAAACCGCGACGUCGGAAAAGCAUGAGAAAGUACAGAUAUACUGCCAAGAGUGUAAAGGCUUCGUUGGUCACCAGGAAAGUCCCUUUGGCAGACGACUUUCGUCGUACGUGUUGAAGGGCACACAAAAUAUCAGCGAGUCUUUUCCCCUGCCCUCGCAAGUAUCCAACGAACAAGUGACAUGUGCUUCUGGUCAACAAUGCGACAACAUAAUAUUGGAUUGUGGUAAACCAGUGAACUUCACUUACUAUGACAAUCUAAUUGGUGUGGCAAACAGAAACAAACAUCCAAUGAUACCAGAACCAAAUGUAGCAUUAAUGUUUAAGAAGAACGGUGGCAGGACUGUUGAUGUUGAUAUUGACUUAUUGGAGAGGCGCUUAAAGAAAGCAAAGAGAGAGAAGCCAAAAUCUGUCCAGCUGUACAACCAGAUAGGGAAUUUCUGGCGUAUAAAGGGUGACGCGCAAAAGUCGAUCGAAUGUUUUCGCAGAGCACUUGCCGUGUCACCGCAUAAUGCAGAGGUGCUCUUAAACCUGGCUAGAGUAUUGCUGGUACAGCAUUACUUGGAUGAUGCGACAUAUUUAGCCAGGCGAUCUCUAGAAUUACAACCUCCAGAUCGCAAUGCCUGGGAACAAUAUCUUACACUUGGACAAAUAUUCAAGGCGUACGGUCAUUUCCAAGAGGCAGCUGUGCAUUUGCGUCAUGCGCUGGAGUUAAAACCAGACCUUUCCGAUGCUGCUGAUGCAUUGAAGGAAGUGGAGUCACUACCAGCUACAAGUAUACAUUUCUAUACGUUGCUGAUUAUAGUCUGUUUGGUAGUCGGUGUACUGUUGGUUAUAUUAAGCAAUGUAGAGUGCGACGAGGAUUCAACUCUAGUCAGUGGGCAGCUUCAGCGUCCAGUACAACGACAUUUCAGUCGUGCUAUGGCUAUGCGCAGCUUGCGCCUGAACGUUGCACGCAAUAAACGCUGUUGAUUAUGAUUCGUUAAUGGCGAGCCAGUCGUACAUGUGAUAGAGUAACUUUUGAUGCCAUAACGAUUUAUCUCCCUGCAAAGUAUUAUUUGUAAUAUGAUUCGUAAUAAUUCUUGGAUUGCACUAUCUAUUUAUUGUGUAUCUCCGGAGAAAAAUAUACGGAAAAAUAUACAAGAAUUUCACCGCUA